GAAGCACAUAUUAUAGGAAGAGAGGGGUUAUCGUCACCCUUCAUGGUAGAAAGGGGAGUAAGACAGGGCGACCCCCUUUCACCGCUACUAUAUGUCCUCGCAUUCGAACCUCUCUUAUGUACCUUAGAAAAUAGACUCAAAGGUAUUCAAAUAGAACAAUCAUUCUUCAGACUAUCCGCAUAUGCAGAUGACUUAUCAGUGGGUGUGGGAUCCACUGAGGAUUGGGAAGCGACCUUCAAACAAUAUGAAGAGGCCUCGAAUGCCAGUAUUAAUAAGAAUAAAACGAAAUUGAUCCCGUUGACAAUUAUAGCAGAUGGGACAAAGUUAAAGGACCAAGAGCAAUUUACGAAGAUUGGGGAAGGUAACACAGUACGCAUACUGGGAUACGAAGUCCAGGCAAAUGGCCUUCCUAAAAGGGAUAUGUGGACGAAAAUAAUUAAGCAGAUGGAAAAGAAUCUAGAACGUCUGUCAGGAAGAAAUCUAACAUUCGUUGGCAAAAUACUUAUGGCAAAUGCCCUCGUUCUCUCCAAAAUCUGGUAUGGGGCAUAUCUGGCUCCUCCUACUGGAAAACAAAUAGCAACAAUCAAUGAGCUCCUGGCCAGGUGGAUUAAAGGAAAAAGUAAAAUGCUCCCACGAUGGACUACAUUCCAAAAGGCCCGAAAACCAUGGCCUGAAAGCCCCGAUAAUUGGAAACAUGCUAAAAGCAAGAUUAUGCAUGGUCUGGAGAAGCCUGAUAACGGGCAAUUCUUUCUGGGCCAUAGUGGAAAGGAAAAGGAUCUCAGACUGUUUACGCGAAAGACGGGGAAUUAA